AUGGCUGCGGUUGCGGCAACUUGGGCGGUGGCGGUGGUUUGGACUGCCAGGUGCCCUGGAGCCGUUGGUGCCGUCGAGGGUCUGAGAGGCCCAGCAGCCGCCAAGGCUGGAAGGCUCAAUGUCCGCACUGGCGCGUGCGGCAGAAAGUGGCGGGGCUGCGUUUGCCGCGGUGUGAAACAGCCAUGCUUUGGGUUUCAUGGUGACAAGCGGCCUUCUUGUUGCGCCAAGUGCAAGUUGGAGGGGAUGGUUGACAUCAGACAUCCCAGAUGCAACUGUGGCAGAGCGAUACCUUGUUUUGGGAUGCCACAGGAUGCUCGGCCCUCCUGCUGUGCCAAGUGCAAGCUGGAGGGCAUGGUUGACAUCAGAAGCGCGAAAUGCAACUGUGGCAGAGUGAUUCCUUGUUUCGGGAUGCCAGACGAUACGCGGGCCUCCCAUUGCGCCGAGUGCAAGCUGGAGGGCAUGGUUGACAUCAGAAAUCGGAGAUGCAACUGUGGCAAAGCACAGCCUGCUUUCGGGAUGCCAGAGGAUGCGCGGCCCUCCUGCUGCGCCAAGUGCAAGUUGGAGGGCAUGGUUGACAUCAGAAGCCCGAAAUGCAACUGUGGCAGAGCAUUUCCUUCUUCUGGGAUGCCAGAAGAUGCGCGCGCCUCCUGCUGCGCGAAGUGCAGGUUGGAGGACAUGGUUGACAUCAAACAUCCGAGAUGCUACUGUGGCAGAGCACGGCCCCAUUUCGGUAUGCCAAACGAUGCGCGUCCCUGCUGCUGCGCCAAGUGCAAGUUGGAGGGCAUGGUUGACAUCAGAAAUCCAAAGUGCUCUGUUUGCGGAAAGAAUGCGUGUUAUCCAGAUGCUGCUGGCAAACCGCGGCGGCUUUGCGCAGGGCACUCCGCCGAAGUCGGUGCUCACGUGCUGUCCGCACCAUCCUGGUCUCGUGCUGCAGGUGAGUUUUUGGAUCUCUUGGAGGAGGAGCAAGGCUUCAAAUUCCCGUUUCGUCAGAGAUUUGACGAAGCAGCCGGCGCAUGGUCUGGGGAGGAGUUUGCCGGAUUGGUCCCAAAUAGAGCGCUGCGGCCUGACGCACAUGAUCCACAGCGGCGGGAAGCAUCCCGAGCAUCUCAGCUUCACUUGCGUGGGCGGCAAGACGUCCCCGGAGCUCCAUCGCGAGACUUUCGAGCGCCUGGACCUCUUCCUGGAGCAAAAUCUGCGCGUCUUCUACGUCUGGGAGCACGAGUUCACCGAGUGGCGGAAGCUGGCAGCCACCGGCGAGGCGCCGCCCAUCUCUCGGAUCCUGCGCCGACACACCAAGCGCAGCUCGAAGGCGAGGAGAACCGCCAAGAAGAGUGCGAAGACCGCUGCUGGGGCAAAGCGUCAUGCAAGCUGAUGCAAGCGGGCCGUUUGUCCAGAGACCUGGAAGGAUGCAAAAGGAAGUUCCCAGAGGCAUUGCAGGAUAGGCACGCGGAGUCUGGAGCAUGCGUGCUUGAAACGAGAAGAUCUUCUUCGUAA